GGCAUUUCCCGAGGUGGUGGUGGGUAGUGGAGUUGUUUUGCUCUGCGUCGCUUCACGCAGUAGCGUUAUCGUUUAUAGGAAGGGCGGAUUUCGGUGUAAGCGGUCGCGCAGAGGGGACAUUGUGCGGGCGGGGCUUGUUAGGAGGCAAUGAGCGAGCGGUGGGGAGCCGGUGCCGUGCGCGGCCUGCAGCUCGCCCGUCGCGGCUAAAUAGCUGCCUGUUACCGGUGGGAUGAGGUAAUCGGGCUCCCGGUUGACACUGCCCGAGAGGCAGCCGCUGCCCAGGCUUCACUUCACCCUCCAGCCUUUUGUUCCGUUGCCUCCCGCCCGUGCUUUUCGGCCGUUAUCGAUUGAGGUGAGGGUGGGCCUCGGGGUGGAUCUUGUUGCCGGCCUGAGGAUGUUCGGUAAUAGCCGGCGUGCGGGCCGCCUGCCCUCGCUGCUGCUGUUCGGCCUGCUGGUGCUGGCCGCCGUCGUGGCCUUCAACUACUGGAUGGUGUCGUCGCGGAACGGCAGGUUGCAGCUUGAGCUGGCUGAGCUCCAGGUGCAGGUGAAGAAAACGGAUACAGCAAAAAGUCGUCUAGAGAAAAGGAACUCAGAGCUCAUGGGGCAAGUGGAUACUCACAGGAGGCGGCUUGAUGAAAAAGAAGAUGAAUGUAAUAAUUUGGGUAACCAGCUACAAAAUAAAGAUAAUUUGAUGAAGAAAUGCAUAGAGGAGAAGGUUAAAUUUCAAAAUAAUGUAACAGAGCAGUUGUCGGUGAUCCAUCGGUUACAAGAGCAACUCACCGAGUUACGACAAGAGUUCAUUAAGCAGGAUGAACAGCUUCAGGAGUACCGGAGAAAUUCCACAACCUUGGAGAAGAAAUUAGAAUAUGAGAGCCUGCAAUGUGGUCAGCAGAUCAGUGCACUAAAGGAGCAGUGUGAAGAGAAAAUCAGAACUCUACAGAGAGUGCAUGAUCAACCUCCAAAGCGUGAAGAUGAUGUCAAACGAAACCAACCUGGAGGGGAGAAGGAGGAAGCAUCUAAAGAUCAUAAAUCUGAUUGGAAUUUCAAAAAAGUAAAUCUUGAAAACAAUCUGCAGAAUGCUAGGAACAAUAAACCUGCCAUUAAUCUUGAUGGAAGCAAACUGAAGUCUCAUCAGGACAACGAGAUUAAAUUACUAAAUCUGGGCAAAGGAGAUGAUGAUGCUGGAAUGCCUGGUGUAGAAGAAAAUGAACAAGGAAAAUCCAUGGAUUUUGAUCACAAAAAUGGAAUGAAUUUGGAAAAGAUUGAGAAACCUUUGUCAAAGAAUGUUGGAAUCCCUAGCAACAAGCUGAUUAUGGAGAAUGAAGUGGAACCUGACCAUUUUGUCAAGGGUCCAGUGAUGCAAGCUCCACCCAAGCCACCUCUACAGCGUGAUGACCAACAAGACACUGUAAAAGAAGAUAAACGGGGCAAUAUAAACAUGCCAAAUGCAGCAGACCACAAGGACCAAGCCAACAUGGAUGAUGACGACAUCCAUGUCAAGGCAGAUGAAGUUGGCGAGUCUCAGAACCAGCAGCCAGCUUUGGAAAGACAGCAUCAAGGAAAACUAAUGCAUCACUUAACCAAGGAAUCGGUCAUGCAGCCACCAUCUAAUCAAGUUCAGCAUUUUGUUCCUGGCCAAGCUUUGUCAAAUCAUUUUUACCGUCAGGGCACAAAAGGACACGAAAAAGCAAACGAAUCAAGAGAGCAUGUUAAAGGUCAAGGCCAGUUCUUUGAUGAAAAUGAAUCCCCAGCUGAUCCGCAACAUGACUCUAAAGUGGCGGAUUAUAAUGGGGAUGAUGGUAAUGUGGGUGAGUACGAGGCAGACAAGCAGGCCGAACUGGCUUACAAUGAGGAAGAGGAUGGUGAUGGUGGGGAAGAAGACGUCCAAGACGAGGAGGAACAAGACCUUCCAGAGGCUGUGAACAAUCCCGCUGUAUUUGAAAAGCGGCGCUUUGCAGAAAAUGGUUUGUAACUCUCUGAUACCAGAGUAAGCCUGGGUUUUAAUGGGCCCUGGAAGGAAUCCUGAUUAGAAAACUUAAUGCAAUAAUGCAAAAUCAUUGUAUGGUGUGCCCUGGCCUUUUUACAAGUGCAUUACUUGAUAAAACUUGAACUUGUAUCGAUGUUGGGUGAAAUAGAAGGAAGAGAUUCAGACUAGUAUUUCUUAAAGUUGAAAUGCAACUUGUUUAGAUUACUUUUAUUAUUUCAAACAUUCUGGGGAGGGGUGGGGAAGUUUCGUUUACCUCUGUACAUUUUUUGUAUAUUUUGUACUUUUGAAGAUUUUAUGGACAAAAUUUAGUUAUUUUGAACGGUUGAGUUCACUAAAUCAAUACACAAAAUCGGCAACUUAACUGAAUCAGCAGUAAUCUGCUAUUUUCCAGUUAAUCAAAGUAACAUUGGAAAAAUUGUCUGUUUGAAAUCUACUCUAUUAAAAAGAUAACUACAGCUAAAUAAUCAUUUUGCCUUGUACAGCUGAUUAUCAGAUUUAGUAUUGCCUUGUUCUGUGAAAGCAGUGAAUAUUGUCUUGGUUCUAUGGAAGAAGUGAUGAGAAUCUAUUGAAUGCAUUCUGAAGUUUUAACAAACAAGGUGCCCUUAUACAGUAGAUAUAUCUAGUAAUUUAUAAUGGAGCAAAUGAAAUUAACCGAACUGUCUUCAACAGUAGUAUUGUUUGGGUAUUGAUUUCUGCGUGCAUUCCUUUUGUUGCUUCCAACGAUUUGUGUACUGCAAUGUAAAUAAAUUCCAGGGAGAGUCAUGAAACCUGGACAGUGCUACCUGCAGUUUGGGUAUAGUGCUGGCAGUUUGCUGAACCUGGGAGCUGCAAUGCAUCGGAACCCUAUAGCAGAUAACGGACCAUCAACCAUCUUGAAAACACUGGUACAGAAUGACAUGCGUGUCAGUUGAAAUUGUUGCUUGGUGGACAGAGAACUACGGGCAUUUUAAAAAGGAUUAAAUGAUGGACGUUGCCUGUCCAGUGAAAAUUAGCUGUCACAUCUGUAGCACUUAAUAAAAUACAAACCAAACACUACAUGGUGUUUUGGGUAUGGUCUUUGUUCUUCCUAGAAACAGUUAGCCAAUCUUGUUGGAAUGAACACUGCAGCUGUAGUCAUCUAUAUAUAAUGGCAGUAAAAUGUUGCACUGGCUCUUUUUAAAAUGUGUGGUUUUUAUAAAUUGUUUAAAUGUAUAACCCUCUAAUCUACUGUUGAAACAUGUCAGAAAAAGCAAAUGUAUUACUGCAAUAUCAAAUCUUGUUUAGAGUUGGAAUGUUAAAUAUUAGGUAAGAAUUUGAUUGUAAAGUUUAUACUUUGGGAAGAUGGAUAAGAGCAAAAAUUUGGAUUUUAGAAAUAUCAAAUCUUAGCAUAAAUUGUUUUAAAAAAGGUUUAUUUCAGUCUUUAUGAAUGUUCUAACUUUAAAUGGGGUGAGGUAGUCUUCAAUAGAUUCUGUGAAAUGUGGGAUCCCUCAACAUAUUGAGUGGAUAUUGGAACACUGUUUUAAAUAAAUUAUUAACAAAAACAGAAGUGAAUUUUACAACUCAUUUUUGACAGAACUCCUGACCAAUCAGUUUCUUCAUUUCAUUUCAAGUUCACUUCAACUUGAUUCCUGAUAUUUAAUCUGUAACUAUCACAUGUAGUCAGGAAUCAGCGUGGUUCGCUCUCUACACAGGUUUUUUUUAAAAGAGCAGGCGAGGGCUGAUUCCUUUCCCAGGUGAAAUGUAAUGGGUUUUGUGCUUCUGAGAUGUUACACCAUGUUGUGAAGCUUUAAAAUACGUGCAUGGUUCCUGUUCUUCUAACAUGUUUACAAAACUUUGAAUAAACAGUUUCUUUGAGUUAACGUGGAAAAUAUUUGUGAAAUACCAUUAAUUUAAACAAAAUUUGGAUUAACUACAGGGUAAGGCAGACUUUUC